UUGCCACUUAUCGUUUAUUCUGAAUAUGUAGCUUGUCUUUCUGAUCCUUCAUCGCUCUUUCAAUGCAAUCCUGGUGGUACUAAAAUUUGUCGAUAUGGCCCUUGUACAUAUGGAUGUUGUGGGACUUUUGAUGGACGCAGUUAUUGUUGCAAGGACAGCAAAUGCACUGGCUGUCCUCCUGGACAAUGGUACAAGAAAACCACGGCCGUGUCGUCUCCAAUAUCAUCUUCAACUUCUUUAGCAGACACAAGUUGUAAUAAUCCUGUAUCAAAUUCAUGUGAUUUCUAUAUAAAGUGCUUAGAUAAUAAAUUUAAAUGUGGACCUAAUGGAUAUCCAAUUAAAUAUGGAGACAAGAAUUGCAAAAAGUUUAUCAAUGCUAUGAACAAGUUCAGUUCUGAUGGGAAAAAAUGGGUAACCAAAACAAUGACUUGUCUUCAAAAAUCAUUAGUUUCGAGUUAUAGAAAUGAUAAGACUACCUGUCAGGAAAUAAAUGAUAUAGCAUUCAGUUCUCAUGCAUCGUGUUACGUCAAUUCUGGUGUAUGCCUCCUUCCUCUAACUGAUUGGGGCCUUAUAUUGCAUACCGUUGAUUGUGAAGACCUAUUUCUUGGACCAGCUUUUAUGCAAGCAAUAUCAACUAUCACUGAAUGCACGAAACUUUACGCGUUUCUCAUUAAAAAUUAUGUUUGUCAACUCAAAUGA